AUGUCGUGGUUUAAUGUGUGGGAUGGGCUGAAGAAUAAGACGUGUCGUUAUUUACUACAACGGUAUCUGGGCCAAUUUCUCGACGAGAAUCUCAACUUGGAACAGUUGAACAUCGAGUUGUACAAUGGCAAGGCCACAAUCAAAAAUGUCUCGUUGCGUGUGGAGACUUUAAAUGAGCUUUUGGAGGCCCAAGGCUGGCCAUUGGAAUUUACAGAUGGCCAUAUAGGCCAGCUGACAUUGUCAGUGCCCUGGAAUGCCCUAAUGACAAGCGACAGUGCCAUCGAGGUAUCCGAUGUGGUGUUGUGCAUGCGACCCGUUAAACGGGAACACGAUGGAACCUCCAUGAUCGAAUCGAUGUGGUCAUCGGUUAGCAGUUCGCUGCAACUGGCCGAGGAGUAUAUGCGACAAGAAGAGAAUGAGUCAGAAGAUGCAAAUGCGACUGCACACACAACAAUAGGUGGUCUAGAGAAAUUCGCCGAGACCAUUGACAAUGUUCUGAAUCGCAUUAGGGCAAAGUUUACAAAUAUUACCAUACAAAUAGAACACCCAUUGGUGAGUACGCUCAAAGGUAUUGCGUUUAAGGUGCAUCUCGAAGAGGUGUUGUAUAAAAAUGAGACGGGCAAUGAGAAAAGUGCCACGACACAACAACAGCAGCAGCAACAACAACAUCAGGGCAUGGACAGUACGGAGGAGAUGUUGAAUCGCAUACCCACAUACACAAAGCACAACAUAAGCUUGAGGGGAGCCCAUAUUUAUACACAAGAAUUGAAAUCGGAUUCGGAGGCAAUGGGGAAUAGUAAUCAACAAGAUAUUCCAUUGUUGGAACUGAAUGGAGAACAAAGUGUUCAGCAAUCAGUAGUCAGUGCUGAAGAUAAAUAUUGCGAGUCGUUAAGUUCAUCGAUGAGUUCACGCAGCACGCUGACUAGUGUUUCACAAAAUCACAUUUUGGUGCGUAUGCAACCCCUGGUGGCAGAGGGCAAACAGAAUCGCAACAAAAGCCUGCUGCAAUUCAAUGCCACCGUCUCGGCUACGCAAUUGGACUUUUGUGAGGUUCUCGAAGGCAAGGUAACCGAACUGUUGGCUUUCGGUCAACGUAAACGCACAAGAGACGGUGGCCAAAUAAGAUCCGAAUUAAUUUUGAAUGUCAACUCGAUAAAUUCCAAUAAUUUAAAAAAUAAAUCAUCUACCACGGUCAAUUUUGAUUUGGCCCCAUGCACAUUGGAAUUUGAUGUUUCGAUUAUCGAUCGCUUGGGUGCCUUGUUUGCUCAAACCCCGGCUAAGACCUGCCCCAAGGCAACAUUGAACGACAGUGAUGCGGCACCAAGCAGCGAUAACACCGUGAUAAGUUUAAAUUGCGCCAAUUUAGAUAUACAUCUGCGAUUUCCCAUUGUUGAUGCAAAACCUGCACAUGAUCCCGAACGUAUUCCCUGGUGGAAACAAAAUAUUAGACCCGAUUUCCUGUUACUCUCCCUGGAACAGAUGCAUCUUAAGUACUGUCAAAAUAAAAUAAAUUUGACAUCGAAUGAAAUCAACAUUUACUACUGUGAAGAUGCCCUGAAGGAAAAGACCCACAUUUUAAAUACUCGCUGUGAAGCAACCACACCUGUCGCUGGCAAGGAUGCCACCCAACUUGAAUAUCCCUCAAUAUGUAUAGACAUCAAGGAUAGCUAUGUCUUUGGCAAAGAUGAAGAACCCCUUUUGCCGUUUAGUUCGAAACGUAAUUGUCGCCAGAGUAGCACUGCCCAGCCAAGAAUGGAGUCUGAUGUUACCGAAACUAUUUUACUGCCAGGCGAAACUCAUGAAAUAAAUGAAUUUUGCCAAAAAUCAAUGGCCUCAUCUGUGAUUGGAAUAAGCAUAAGUUUUCCCAGCCUUAAUUUGUUUUUGGAAUCGAAGCAACUGUUCGAGUUGAUCUAUAAUCGUCUAAACUCUGAUUUGUUUAUGUGGGAACCAUCGUCUCCAUAUCUGACUGGAACUCCGAUGCAAGAGAAAAGUUUUUUGGGUAUGCCAAAUUUGGGUCUGAUGGAUUCGGUUUAUAUUUCAGCUGUACAACAGCCCGAUAAUGAUCCAUUUGCGGAGGAUGAUGAUAACGACGAUGGUGACGAUGAACAUACCAAUGAUGAAGAUGAUGAGACGUUAACUUCACAACGCCGUAGACAUAAAUCUUCACGAAAAUUUAAAUCACUGUUAACAUCGUCGAAAGAUUUCAACAAUACCCGCCACGGCCACAGAUGUUCAGUGGAAAUAAAAGUUGGCAAAGCCACUGCUGCCAUCUUUGUACCCGUCCGCGAUUCCGAGAAUCACAUAUUGCCUGAGGUGUCGGGCAAAUUUCUGCUCUACAUUGACGAUUUGAGAAUUUUCAGUUUAACUGGUUACUGUGAUGAUCCCUGUCUGGCCUACUUCUGCCUGCAGGUCAAUGAAAUUGAAAUGUAUCAUGGCGGUGUGGUGCCCAUGAAUUCGCCAUUGCGAUGUGAUAGCAAAGCCCACAUAGAGGACUUUAUGAAGGCGACCAUCUACAAAAUACCCUUAGGUCUAACCAAAGGUAUUGUGGGCCAGAAGCCCGGCGAACGCAGUGAAAUGGUCACUGUGGCCAUUGAAAUCAAGAAAAAUCUACCACAACACAUUAAACGCCUGAAAAUAACCGCAGGCAUUAAAAACACCACUCUCCGCUAUAUUCUAAUGGCUCCAUCGUAUUUUUGGCUGAAUCAACUUUUGGAUUUCCUCGAUGUCAUGGACUAUCCCAUUGAAGGUUAUGAACCGUUUAGUGUGGUCUCGGAAAUGCAAUUACAUUUAUGGGAUUGUGCCAUUGAUUUUCGUCCCGAAAACUUUCCCUAUCGUGCGGUGCUAGAGCUGUUCUACUUCUCGGUCAGCAGCAACAUAAUUUCCACCAUGACAGGUUGUAACUUACGUUUUGUCCUGGAGGAGUGUGUCUUUUCCAUUGCUCCUCAUGAUACAAACAAGGUGCUUCCCUGCAACCGUGUUACCUUUAUUGAUGCCGCCAAUAUGGUACCCGUGUUGGAUUUCGGUCUACUGGAAAUAUCACUACGCAUCAGUGGUGAGACUACGGAGAAACAUCCCAAAUUAGAUCUCAGAUGUUCGCUGCAAGACGUCCAUUUAAGGACUUGCUACGAUUCGGGCAGUGCCUUUGCCCAAUUGAUUGGCUAUAUAGCCAAUAAUAUAGCCAAAGAUGAAGAGGCCAGUGAUAAGGAAUCUUUACAAUCUUCAUUGUGUUCAGACUCAGACUUACUUUUGGCCGAGUCCCAAACAUCGGCAGAUAUCAGUGAUCGGCAUCAGGAGCGCGUUAACCAGCUAAUGGCUGAGGCCGUGAAGGAUGGUGUUGAUGUCCUGCAGGCAAGUGAUAUGUCAACAUCAUCCAUGUCCACGACCACUAUUCCUCCCAAAGUAGAUGAAUUGAAAUUAUUCUAUUUUCCCGAUGAGGCAUCAAAAGAUGUGGCCGCUGCAGCAAUGGCCAAUACCCCACAAGAAUUUGAUAUUCCCUGUACAUCGUCCAGUGCUGCGGUCGGUGAACCAUUGCCGCUAAUUAAAGGUGAUUUCGGUGUUGUUGCAGAACAAAAAUCCGUCAAAGAACUGCAAAGCCAAUGUUCCUCGGAGGACGAUUAUUGCUUUAUUGUGGGCGAGGAGCGUGUGGAAUUGGAUUUCGAAGACAUCAAAAUAUCCGAAGAUCCUUUGCGCAUUGUUGACAAUCACUUUGGCUUGCCAUCCUCGCAUAAUGAUAUUCUAAAAGCCCCACCCACAUUUCCAUCAGCCGAUCUACGUUAUACCCUAUGUGAAAUGACGGUCACCUGGCAUUUGUAUGGUGGUCAUGAUUUUGCUCAAACUCCUUGCAGUACAACAUCGUCAACAACAACAGCAGCAUCCUCCGCUGAGACAGCCACCAUGUCCGAAGCAUAUCGUCAUGGUGUUUCGAAUGCCAGUAACCAAUGUCGACCACAGACGGCUAAAAAACCCAAAGAAAAAUUAACCUGGAAAUCGAAGGGUGGCGAGAACCGUAACCACGAGGUACUGGUGGAAAUACAACUCAGCAAGGUGGGUUUCUCAUAUGAACUAUAUCCCCUGCAUGCUGCAUAUGCCUCGCGUCAGGUAUUCCUGGUAAAUGAGCUGGAAAUAAGGGACCGGCUACAAACUUCAGAAAUCAAUAAAUUCCUUUACAAUGCGAAUAGCAGCAGUUUCUCCAAUCGCCGUAUGAAACAUAUGGUGGUGGUUAAGUGUCUGCAUGUACGACCAAAUCCCGAACAAAGUCCAGCACAGGAAUGCUCUCUGAAAAUAUCUCUUUCGCCUUUGCGUCUGCACAUCGACCAGGACACAUUGGAAUUUAUAACGGAUUUCUUUACCAAUUUUGGUAAAAGUUGUGACAGCGAUAAGCCGGAGGGGGAUAAGCCCAAAGUGCCAGCACCACCGCCGACAGCCACGCUGUGCAGCGACUUAGAUUUGCCAGAAGCUGUACAGGAUUUGCGGGCCCGGCGUAUUGUCAAUGAAAAUUUGGACAUACUAAUGGAUGACACCCAAUCGGAGAGUAGUACCAGUCCGACGAAGAAGACAGCGAAACAUUCACCCCCUAACGACACUUCACCCACAUAUUUCCGUGAAAUCAUAUUCAGUCCUGACAUCUCCAUAUGUUUUGAUUAUCAUGGACGUCGUGUGGAAUUGUCGAAAGGUCCUGUGGCAGGGCUGCUUAUGGGUUUGGGUCAACUGCAAUGUUCUGAAAUAAUUCUACGGAAAAUUGUCUAUCGCCGAGGCAUUCUGGGUUUUGAGAAGGUAUUCAAUUAUCUUUGCAAGGAAUGGCUAAGGGAUAUCAAACGCAAUCAAUUGCCCAAGAUAUUGAGUGGUGUGGGCCCGACAUAUGCAUUUGUGCAACUAUUUCAGGGUAUCUAUGAUCUAUUUUGGCUACCCAUUGAACAUUAUCAGAAAGAUGGUCGCAUCAUACGGGGUCUGCAGUUGGGUGCACAAAGUUUCAGUGCUCGAACCAUACUGGCUGCAUUGGAAAUCACAUCGCGCCUCAUACAAUUGCUACAGUUUACUGCAGAGACGGCGUUUGAUAUGGUUUCUCCAGGACCUUCGGUACGCCAGUUAAAGCGUUCACGUCGUGGUAAUAAACGACGAACGCACAGACCCAAAGAUAUACGUGAAGGGGUGGUGAACGCCUAUCAAAUUGUCAAAGAUGGCAUUAACGAUUCCGCCAAUAAUCUAAUAGAAACCGCUGUGGCGGAACACGAUCAAAAAGGUUUAACCGGUGCUGUUGGAGCUGUUAUGCGUCAAGUUCCACAACUUGUUGUGUGUCCGGCCGUCUUGGCUACCCAGGCAACAACAAAUAUAUUGGGCGGUGUUAAAAGUUCACUGGUACCUGAAUCGAAAAUUGAAGCAAAAAAGAAAUGGAAAGAUGAAAAUUGUUGA